GCUCCGCUGGCCACGCUGGCAGAACCUGGGGCUCGCAGCAGGAUGGUAUGGCGGCACGCGCUGAAGAGAAGCAGGGACUAUCCGGAGCUGCCGGAAGAAGGGUCUGAGACGAGUGGCUCCCUCCAGAGUGAUGAGUGCUCCCUGGGCUUCCGAGAUCCGGGCGUUAUCCUGAAUGACAAGGGCUUUCCUUACGAGAAUGAUGCAGGCAUCAUCACGUUCUUUGAUGACAGCUUCAACGUGUCCAGUGGCCUGGAAGGACGGGAUGUUUCUGUGCCCGUGUUCCGAAAGAACGGCUGCCAGGGCAAAGUUAGCUGCAAGUACCACACCGAGGGCUUGUCGGCCGUUGCGGGCUACGACUUCGUGGAGACGCAGGUCCUUGCGGGGUGA